AUGGGCAUGAAGGGCAAAGUUUCCAAGGGAACUUCAAAGGAGAAAAGAACAAAGGUAAAAUGGAUCAUGUGGGUUAAAAUACCCAAAAUUCAGGUCAACUCCCAACCCAGCCUUGUGUUAAUCCUAGAAAUGUUUCCUAUAUUGAUCAUGCUAAUGAUUAUUCACAUCAUGUUGAUUUAAAUGAAAAUAUUUUUUGUGAAGAAGAACAUCAUGAGCAUGAAUUUGUGAGUGGAAUUUCGAGAUUUAGGAAUGGGAAGGAAUUACCUGAUCCAUUUGAACCUAGAUCUUUUGAAGAGCUUAAUGAUGUGAAAAAUGAGGAAGUUGAUGAUGUUUUGAUGAAAAUUCUUGAUGAACAUAUAGAAAAAUCAGCCAUACCUGAACCUGAUCCAAAAGUUUAUGUGCCUCCUAUUCCAUUUCCCCAAGCUUUAAAGUCUUCCAAAGUCCCUCCUAAUGAUAGUCAAUUGCUUAAAAUUUUUAAGUAACUAUCACUUUCCCUUUGGUAGAUGCUAUUCAGAAUAUCCCUUCUUAUUCUAAGUUUCUUAAAAAUCUUUGUACUCAGUCGAUAAAGCAGAAGAUGAUACAAUUAUCUAAAAGUAUUAGUUCCAUUUUAUUGAAUCAGCUUCUUAGGAAGAGAAGGAAUCCAGGAGCCCCACUUAUUAAAUGUGUAAUUGGGGGAAUGAUUUUUGGUAGAACACUUUUGGACACACUGGAGAGUGUGAAUAUUAUACCUAAAGCUAUUUUUGAUAAAUUUAAAUUUGGUGAAGUAGAGCCUAUCUUUAUUGAGCUACAACUAGCAGAUGGAUCAAUUAGACAACCAAUUAGGAAGCUAGAGGAUGUGAUUGUGAGAGUGGAAAAUUAUUGUUUUCCUGUUGACUUUAUUGUUGCUGAUAUGAAGGUUAUUGAGAAUUUGAGCCAUGCGCCCAUAAUUCUAGGUAGACCUUUCUCAGCUACAUCUCAAGUUAGUACAGAUUUUGGAAAAGGAAUUGUCAAAAUUAAAGUAGGAAAGAAAAGGUGAACGUUCAGGUAUCUAAACUCCUUAACUUUCCAGAAAAUUUAGGGGAGGACAUGUGUUUUUGUGAUGUAAUUGAGGAUGAGAUUCUUGAACAACCUUCUUCUCUUUUAUAUUCAGAAGUUCCUUGUGAUGAUGAUCUUGAAGUUGAGGAUGAAACUGUAAAUAUUCCACUUGAUUUACCUACAUCUAAAUUAUAAUUAAAACCAUUGCCUAGCUCACUUAAAUAUGUAUGUCAUGGGCCUUGUAGAACUUAUCUAGUUAUUAUCUCAUCCCGUUUAUCUUGUGAUCAAGAAUUAUCAUUGUUGGAAAUUCUUAAAAUGCAUAAAUCUGCUAUUGGUUGGUCUAUUGAUGAUAUUCAUGGCAUUAGUAAGGACAUGUGA